AUGUCCAAAGUAAUUCGCAGCGUCAAAAACGUCACAAAGGGUUACUCGGCCGCCCAGGUCAAAGUGCGCGAUGCGACAAGUAACGACCCAUGGGGACCUACAGGAACCCAGAUGGGGCAAAUCGCCCAGAUGACGUACGGCACAAGCACCGAGUUCUACGAAAUUAUGGACAUGCUCGACAAGCGACUGAACGAUAAGGGCAAGAACUGGCGUCACGUCCUCAAGGCCUUGAAGGUUAUGGACUACAUUCUGCACGAGGGAUCCGAGAUGGUGGUUACGUGGGCCAAGCAGAACAUCUUUGUCAUCAAGACGCUGCGCGAGUUCAUGUACAUUGACGAGGACGGCAAGGACGUUGGCAACAAUGGUAGGGAACACACGCCAAUUCGGGGCCUUGUUUGCAUCCGUGUCGCUGCCAAGGAUCUUACUGCGCUGCUCCUGGACGAGGAGAGGUUGCGCGAGGAGCGUACUGACCGAAGAGCCUGGAAAUCCCGUAUGCAGUACGGAGAGGAGAUGCCCCAGCACCACGCCGAACCGUCGCGUCCCCGCCCCAGGCAGCACAGAGCACAGUAUGCCGACGAGGACGAUGCAGAGUACAAGUUGGCGAUCGAGGCGAGCAAAUACCAAGAGGAGGAGGACAGGAAGCGACGUGAAAGGGCUCUUGCCGAGGUGGACGACGAUGAUCUCGCCAAGGCCAUCAAGCUCAGCAAGGAAGAAGAGGAGCGAAGGCGGCGGGAACUCGAGGAGACGAACGCUUCCGCCUUGUUCGAUGAUACACCAGCGCAGACCACCCAGCCUCAGUUCACCGGUUUCAACCAGGGCUAUCAGCAAGGCAGCGCGGUGGAUUUCUUUGCUAACCCACUUGAUCAGAACCAGCUCCAGGCUCAACAAACUGCUUACAUGAACAAUGCAUUCACCGGGUACGGGCAGCAACCAAUGGGAUAUCAACAGACGGGAUACCAGAACGGCUUCCAGAACGGCUUCCAGCCCCAGCCUACCGGCAUGUACGAUCCUUACGGUCAACAACAGCAGCAGCAGCAGCCCCAAGGAUUCAUGUCCCAGCCAACGGGCUACAACCCAUACUCGAACCAGCAGCAACAGCAACAGCAGCCCCAGUUUGACAAUUCCUCGUCGACAUUGCAGCCUGGUAGCAACAACCCUUGGGCCAGCAACAACAACAACCAGCAGUCGUCAGCCCUCAAGCCGGCGCCGACAGGCUCGAACAACCCAUUCGCGCAGAAGUCGCCAUACAAGGCGCCAUCGAUGCCGGCAUUGAGCAGCCUCCCCGAGCAAAAGACGCUAUCAACCUUCCCCCAGAUCUCCGUUACUUCCUCUAAUUCGCCAUUUAAUACCUUUGGAUCUCAAUCCCAGCAACAGCAGCAGCAACCCCAGCAGCAACAACCCCAGUUUCAACAGCAACCGCAGCAGCCCCAGCGAGAACUCAGCGAACACGAGCAGAAGCUUAACGCCCUGCUCGCCAGCGGAGACGGUAUGGACACAUUCGGCAACACGGGUAAUCUCCGUAUUCCGGCGCAACAUACCGCCCCUGGAACGUUUGUCAACAGUGCAGGUGCUGGCCUGAACAGGAUUACGGCCGAGGCGACGGGCAACAACCCUUUCUUGAAGCAGCAGUUCACGGGUAUGCCGACGGUGUCGUACGGAGGUCAGCAGAUGCCUGCGGCCACGGGGCCGGCUGGCAUGGGCAUGAACGUGGGUUUUGGGGGCUAUCAGCAGCAGCAGAUGGGUAACAGCAACCCAUUCGCGGCGGGUGGUCAACAGCAGCAGAGGCAACAGCAGGGCGGUGGGGGUGAUUUGAUCUCUUUCUAG